GCCAUUUUAAACUUUUACGUCUUUGUUCACAGACGACCAGGCUUCAGGGCGCUGUUCGUGAGGAGGAGGAGGCCUGGGAGGCAGCGCGCCUGCCGUGCGGGGUGUGUCUGAGGCUCCUUGAGCCCAACAGACCGAGAUUGGCGUCCCCGUGCCUCCCGGACUCCUCUCUGCUCACAGCGUCCCGGCAGCCUGACCCCCUUUCACCCUCCAGCCUUGGGGACCGGCCUCUCAGGUUCCGCCGCCUAGGAACCAGCGCUCAGAAUGGUUAUGAACUUUGAGGACGUGGCCAUUGUAUUCUCUCAGGAGGAAUGGGUGCUCCUUGAUGAGGCUCAGAGAAUUCUGUACUGCGAUGUGAUGCCUGAAAUAUUUUCACUUGUGUCAUCUGUAGGUUGUCGGCAUAAAAUCGAUGGUGAUGAGGCCUGUUCUGUAUCUAUACAAGGAGAGUCGCAGGUCAGGGCUUCUAAGACAGCUCCAAGCACCCAGAAGAUCCCUCUGUGUAAGCAGUGUUUCUCUCUGUUAAAAGUUAUUUUGCACCAGACUGGUUCACAUGCAGCAUACUUUAAGCAGAAAGCAUUCUACAGUGACACAUGUGUUGAAGACUUCUGUUUCAGUGCAAACUCUCACGAUCAACAGAGGAAUGAAUGUGGAGACGAGCCCUGGAAAGAAGCUAUGGACAGGGCUUCCUUUGUGAGCAGGUCCAACUUCUACUUAUAUUCGGUGCCUUCAGCCAGCAGGGAGGUUGGGGAAGUCUUGCAAUACAACUCAGAGCUUCCCAAGCACCAGGCCACUCUCAACACUGAGGAGUUACCCUGUGGCAGUGAGAUUUCACAGAAAUUUCUUGAUGGAAAAAGUCAUCACCAUUGGGAUGAAUGUAGAGAUGCUGCCAGCCACAACCUGAAAGUUGUUCAAUGUCACGGUGACUGUUCUGGAGAACUGAUUUAUGAGUGUCACAAAUGUAGGAAUGUUUUUAGACGAAUCUUGAACCUAAUUCGACAUAAGAGAGUUCACACUAAAGAAAAGCUGUAUGAGUGUAGAAAAUGUGGGAACUCCUUUUGUCAAAGGGCUCACCUCAGUCAACACUUCAGAGUUCACACUGAAGAGAAGCCAUAUGAUUGUAGAGAAUGUGGGAUGUCCUUUCGUGAUAGGUCUAAGCUCACUGUACACCUCCGAGUUCACACUGGAGAGAAGCCAUAUGAGAGUACUGAAUGUGGGAAGUCUUUUAGCCAAAAAUCCAGCCUUCCUAAGCACCUGACAGUUCACAGUGGUAGCAAGCGAUAUGAGUGCUGUCAUUGUGGAAAAUCCAACAGUAAUAAGUAUAACCUGAAACGACACCAGGGAGUUCACACUGGAGAAAAGCCCUAUAAGUGUAGAGAAUGUGGGAAGGCUUUUAGCCUAAAAUCUUACCUUAUUAGACACCUGAGAGUUCACAGUGGCAACAAGCCGUAUGAGUGCUGUGAUUGUGGGAAGUCCUUCAAAUAUAACUCUACCCUCAAAAAACACCAGACAGUUCACACUGGAGAAAAGCCCUGUAAGUGUAAAGAAUGUGGGAAGUCCUUUCGUCUAAUAUCUCACCUCACUGCACACCUCAUGGUUCACACUGGAGAGAAGCCAUAUGAGUGUAGAGAAUGUGGGAUGUCCUUUCGUCAAAGGUCUAAACUCACUAUACACUUCCGAGUUCACACUGGAGAGAAGCCAUAUGAGUGUACUGACUGUGGGAAGUCUUUUAGCCAAAAAUCCAGCCUUGCUAAGCACCUGAGAGUUCACAGUGGCAACAAGCAAUAUGAGUGCUUUGAUUGCGGAAAAUCCUUCAGUGAUAAGUCUUACCUCAAACAACACCAGAGAGUUCAUACCGAAGAUAAGCCAUAUGAGUGUACUGUAUGUGAGAAGUCUUUUAGGCAAAAAUCCAGCCUUACUAAGCACCUGAGAGUUCACAGUGGCGAUAAGCCAUAUGAGUGCUGUGAUUGCAGAAAAUCCUUCAGUGAUAAGUCUUAUCUCAGACUACACCAGAGAGUUCAUACUGGAGAGAAGCCAUAUAUGUGUACUGAAUGUGGUAAGUCUUUUGGCCAAAAAUCCGGCCUUACUAAGCACCUGACAGUUCACAGCGGCGGCAAGCAAUAUGAGUGCUGUCAUUGUGGAAUAUCCUGCAGUAAUAAGUAUAACCUCAAACGACACCAGAGAGUUCACACUUGAGAAAAGCCAUAUGACUACUGAAUGUGGAAAGGCUGUUAGCCUAAAAUCACACCUUUUUAGACACCUGAGAGUUCACAGUGGCAACAAGCCGUAUGAGUGCUGUGAUUGUGGGAAGUCCUUCAAUGAUAAGUCUACUCAAAGAACACCAGAGAGUUCACACUGGAGAAAAGCCCUUUAAAUGUAAAGAAUGUGGGGUUUCCAUUUGUCUAAUAUCUCACCUCACUGCACACCUCAUGGUUAACACUGGAGAGAAGCCAUAGGAGUGUACUGA